CUCCUAUGUCCAGCUCUUCCACUCUCAGGUUCCUCACCUUUUUGUGGAGCAAGGCUACGCCUCCUCCUAACUUAUCCUGUUUUCUACGCCCUUUCCCUAUCAUGACAAACUCAUUUCCUUCCAUAUGCACCACGUCCCGCAGGUUACGCAAUAGCAUCUACUGGCCUAUUACAAAGAAACUGGGUAGUGUCCAAGUGUCGCGGUGCAGGGCGGAGCAGUACUGUGUGUGCUUCUCUUCUUGGGACAGCUCCUGUGUCCAUAACACCUUCUAACCAUGAGUACAAAUAAGGGGGCAUUUGCUCCAUCAGCACCUCCUCCAUAUGCUCCACCUAGCUAUUCCCAGGCAGUGGGAGGGGUGCCACCUCAGGCUCCAUUCACACCUUUGCAGGGUAGAAAUACUGCAGGUGUUUCUCAUGUGACAGUACACCUUGGGUCUGGGCCAUAUGUGUUUGCCCCAAGGUAUUUACAAAGCCAGGAAUCAGCUGGUGCACCAACAACUGUUGUAACAACUGUUGUUCCUUUGGGAUCACAGUCAACACACAUGAUCUGCCCUCAUUGCCGUGCUGAAGUUGACACAACAACAAAGACUUCACCCUCCGUUGUGGCUUGGCUUUCUGGAUUCAUUAUAUGCAUUCUUGGGUGCUGGAUGGGAUGCUGCCUUAUUCCCUGCUGUUUGAAUGAUUGCAUGGAUGUUGAACAUAGCUGCCCACACUGCAACUCCUUCUUGGGCAAAUAUAAGAGAGGAUAAGCAACACUUCUAAGAAACCUGCCCAACCUCCUGUGCCUUGUGGAUAUUACUUAGACCACACAACUCCUGGCCGUCCAUAUCUGAUCAAUGAAAUUUUGAGAUUUAUUGUGAAUGUUACUCAAACCACCAACUUACCAACUUCCUGUGUCCUGUCAAUGUUAUUCACCAUCCAUAUAUGAUCAAUGGAAUUUUAAGAUUUAAUGUCUUUAAAGUUUGUCAUAAGCAGAUUUUAUAUACAUAUAUAUUAAAACAUGUAUGAAUAGUUAGCAUUCAGUGAAAUUUUGAAUAAUGUAGAAACUUUGAGUUUCUGUGGACUUAUUUUGAUUUAGGUAAAAGAAAAGUAAACCUUGACAUCAGAACACAGUUUUUAAGGAAAACACUUAAUAUAGCCUAAGAUAUUAUAAGUAAGGAAGAAGUAAAAAGGAGAAAAUUGUUCAAUGUCUUAAGCUAUUAUUUGUAUUGAUUUGCAUUUCUCUAUUAUACAAAUAAAUUCUUCCAAUUGCAAUAUAAUUGUAGAGUGAACAGAACAUCUUUGAAAUGUUUGUUAUUGUUGCCAAGUUGAUUAUUAUAUUAAGCUACAUUUUUGCGAUCAACUUGUGUUGAGAUGAUAUCAUAGCCAUGUCACAACUUGUGGCUGUCUUGCUCGUAACCGUUUCCGCACGCAAGCCACUCCAAACCUAUAUUGAGAUGAUGUCACAUCUCAAGUCAUAACGUCAAAUACACACAAGUUGUGUGUUUGUGCCUAUACACCACAUAAAAGCAUAAUAUUUUCACAUUAAUGAAAAUACUCUGCCUUAACGGUUCAUGGGCAACAAACCACUUGCUCAUGACACCCUUUAAUCUCUACACUAUUUACUAUAUAUAUAUAUAUAUAUAUAUAUAUAUAUAUAUAUAUAUAUAUAUAUAUAUAUAUAUAUAUAUAUAUAUAUAUAUAUAUAUAUAUAUCUCUCUCUCUCUCUCUCUCUCUCUCUCUCUCUCUCUCUCUCUCUCUCUCUCUCUCUCUCUCUCUCUCUCCACUACAAAAAUAAUGAUGAUGGUAAGUGAUUUUUCGUAAUAAAUACAUGCAAUAAGAAAUGAGCCCACACAAAUUUAAUAGAAAAAAAAUAUAUAAUCUGCCUUCUUAAGUCCAUUUUCGAAGAUGCCAAAUGAGAGAAAGCAUUAAUUUUUAUGAUAAACUAAUCCAUUAAUACAAU